AUGUUCGAGGACUUCAUGUUCAAGCCCACUACGACCCCCUCGUUCCUCAUCGAUCUGGAUCCACAACAAGAAUUGGACAAUGAAAAUUCAGCUGAUGAUACUCCUGUGAAGGUCUCAAGUAACGUUGUCAAUGUCAGUAACAAAGGAGAGGAUAAGGGUGAUACCUCAUCUCGAGGUGUUUCCUCACCCUUGUCUCUGGAUAAGGAAAUUGAGAGUGUUGCCAUUUGUGGAAGUUCAGAGCUAGUUGAAGUUACAAUUCAACCAUCUUCCAUAGUGCAAAGAGUUGUCCAAAAAAGGAGAAAAUUUGUCUCUAGUAAGUCUAAACCUGUUAUUGCCAGUAUUCCUGAGGAUAUGGUAGUUGAGGUUCCUAUUGUGUGUUCUAAUAACCCUGAAUCUUCUAAGGUUCCUAGUCACUGCGGAUCGCGGUUGGGCGUCUGGCAGGUCGGGUUGGUCACGGAUGGGGUGCAUCGAGCACUGGCUCGUUCACGCGGACAGGCAGACGGACGAAGACAGCGCGCGGGAUCCUCGGUCGCGUGCGGUCGCAGAAGACCUACUCCUGCGCGGACUGAAACACAGGCGGCAGGCGCAGGCAGGCGCUGCUCACGCGCGGGUGAUCGAGAUGCGGGCGUGCGCUGCACGUUUCUUAAGCGUGCGAGCAUGGGACGCACGUGCUCUCGCGCUGCGAAUCGAAGCGUGAAAGUCACGGGCGGUGGUGCGCGGCGUGUAAAUGGCCCUGGGGCUGUGCGCGUACUGGCGGUCGUCACUAGGACAGGGCGCGAGCAGCUUCUAGUGGUGGCUCGCGGCGGUGGGGUGGUGGCCCCGCUGGUGGUCAACGACGGCGGACGGUGUACGAGGGUGGCAGAUUCUUAUACAAUUAAAAGGCUAGAAUAA